AUGGGAUGCGUGGGCAGCUCAAGCUGCUUCGCAGGGCUUUGCUCUGAGCGACCUACUAGUACCGCCGAAGCAGACGUGCUGGUUGUUGGUGCGGGACCUGCUGGCAUUGCUGCAGUACUCGCUUUGCAGAAGCAGAAGAGGCGUGUCAUCUGGGUGGAUCCAGAGUUUCAAUCGGGCCGAUUGAAGCGAUUCCUCACGGUGCCUUGCAACACCAAAGUUGACAUCCUUGCGAGCGAAAGCAACUUUCGACAUCCACUCUUGCAACAUGUGGGGAGCAGUGUGGCUCCAGCUUUGCAGAAGUUGAUCGCGGACGCGGAGUCUCUGCCCGGGAGCACUGACCCCUCACAACUCGGAUGGACGACGCUCGGAGCAUGCAAGCGCAUGUUUGAUGCUGCUACUUCGGGCGCUCUGCAAGCAGGAGGCCUAUCGCGCUUGAUUGGGAAGGUCGUCCGCCUGACGCCUAAUGGUGCGCAUUGGGUGGCGACUGUGGACAGUCAUCAGGGACAGAAGUGCGUCAAGGUAAGGUGUGUUGUCCUCGCCACUGGAGCAGAACCCAAAGUUGCCCCACUGCCCAAUGCUCUUUCAGCUGAGAAGACCUUCGACGAGGACUCACUGCGCCACCAGCUACGGCCAAAUCAGCGCCUGGCCGUGCUGGGGAACUCUCACACGGCAGCGGUGGCUUUGGCAAAGCUCAGAGAACUGGCGGUGCCCAUGUCACUUUCCAUCACCUGCUUUGCGAGACGGCCAUUGCGCUGCGCCGAAUGGCUGGAGCAUUCACAAGUCUAUCGCUACAACUCAACAGGACUGAAAGGCUUCGGCGCAGUGUUUGGUCGGGAGUGCAUGAUCCAUGGCACGAGCUGGCUGCAAGUCAAAGAUGUCAAGGAUUUCUCUCCGGAGCAUUGGGACUGGAUCAUUGACUGUACAGGAUAUGUCAAAAGCCAGCUGCCAGCCAUCGAUGGUGUGAUCAAAGCACAAGAUCUGCCAAGAGAUGAGGCCGCAGCAUUUUUGCUUCUGGCGCAUUGCUUGGUGCUCCUCCAGGGCUCUUUGCUUUGGGUGUACCAUGGGGAGAGGCACCCGGGCGGCUGUGGGGCCGUGGUCUUGAAGCAGAAGAUGGCUUUAGAGGCGCAGCGGCCGAACGCCGGCACCGCAUUGCAGUUGUGCCCACAGCAGCAUCCUUCCGACCUUGGCAGGUCUGCAAAGCAGAUUCUCAUGGUGCAGCGCUUUCCACCCUCUGGCAGUGUCAUCGACGACUCUGCCGUGGCGCAUGUAGAAAUCAGCGGCAUCUGUACCCCAAAGUCUUUGGAACGCGUUCUCAAUGCACUUCAUGAUGCACGCUGUAAAGAUGGCGUCAAGGCUGUGGUGCUGAUCCUUCAAGGAUCGAAGGGUCCGGUGACUCCUGCGGGACCAGGCCUUGGCGGGGCCUCACCACAGACGCAGGCAGUGGCAAGCGGCACCUUCCUCCUCGGCUUACGCACGCUGGGGUUGCCCUGUGUGGCUGCCUGCUGUGGAAAGGUCGCUGGGCCGGCCUGGGGUUUGGUGCUGGCUGCGGACUACCGCAUCGCCUCGGCAACUUCCAACUUCAUCCUGCCCAUCUGGGGACCUCCUGAAUGCUUCGGAGACUUGGUUGGGCACACGGUAGCCAUGCAACUCUGCUACAAUCAGGGACCUGUCAAUGCCUUGUCCAUGCUCGAGUACGGAGUUAUCCACCAGUGCCAACGAGGAGAUGAAGACACCAAGAAGGCAGCGGCGGAAGUGGCAAGGAGGAUCGCUGCAACUCCUGCGCUGGCGUGUCACCAAGCCACUGCGAUGCUCAGCCCGGCCAUCGAAAAGUACGCGUCCAUCGUCGCUCGCGGAGGUGCGAAGAUGUGCGAAGCGAUGCGAAGCGUUCAACAUCCAGAUGUCUGCACUGCGGUGCACCAGGACUGCGAGCCUAGAGUCCUGAGCGCUGCUGGUGCUGGCGCCUUGGGUGCCUCUGCGAUUUCUCAGCGGCCCUGUACCAUCCACGCGUAA